GCCACAGUCGCAAACUACCUCCAAGCAGACGAUUUCCAAAUUCAGCGAGCGGCGCAGUAGCACACGAGUGCAGAAAUGCUGGUUUCCGGUGCGAGUCUGCUGGGACACUGACAAACUCGGGCUGAGAUUCGGACCGCUGGAGGAGCAGGAGGGUGGCUUGCCUGUGAGGAACAUCCUGAAGGCAAGCUGGGCCCAUGGUGUCAGGCUCAAGCCUGGAGAUUGGCUCAUCAGCAUCAAUGGCGAUGCUGUCGCGAAGAUGCGUGAGGAUGUAUGCUUCGAGCUUCUCCAGCGACAUCGCCCUCUACGCCUGCUCUUCGCCCGGAAAUGCCUCAAGAGCGCAACUCCCAAGCUCAAGCGGCCGAACAAGAUCGCUGUGAAGCUAGACGAGGCCAUCCUCUACUCCAAGCAGCAUCCUCCUCCGGAACCCAUUAGCGAGCAACCGGAACAUGAGGAGGAAGCCAAUGCUGAGGAGGCAGCGGCAGAGGAAGUGCGACAAAAUGCUGCUGCUUCCUCUUCAUCAGCUGCUUCCGCUGAUGAGGCAAGCAGCAUCCCCGCCCCGACGGCGGCGCAGCCCAAUGUUGAGACAACAGCGCAGCCCACAGGUGGAGAUGCAUCACCUCAGCAGGCAGCAGCAGGUGAAGAUGCCGAGAGUCAUGGCAUCGCCGAGGCCAGUCCAGUUGCAACCAGCACUCAGGACCAUUUGGGAUCCACUGUCUUCUCUGACCAGUACGGCGACGAUGAGUGGGAUGACUUCGAGCCAGAGGACUCGUUUGAGGAGGUGGAGACCCAGCCUGCGGCGGAUGUCACUGCAGAAGUGCGGGACUUUCCAGGAGCUGGGGAGGCAGAGCCAGAGGAGCUGAUGCCAGGCCGGGAGGAAACAGAUCUGGAAGAGCCAGAUGCAGGAACUUUGAAGCUAUCACCCGAGGCGGUGCCCGCAGGCACAGCAGAGGCAGAGGUAGAAGACUCAAACCAAGUUACUUUGAAGCUGCCGCUCGACCCGGACGCAGAUCCGGAAAAUUCUGGAGCUCCUGAUUCGCCCGAAGCAAACAGCGCCAGAGAGAGUCAGGCGCAGCUGACAGUGCGCUCGAGUGCUUUCUCCGAGAAGUAUGACGGGGAUUGGGACGAUGAGUUUGAGGGCGAAGAGGAGGCCGAGGAGGCGACCGAGCAACACGUGACUUUCGAUCCUGAGGUUGAAACCGCCGGAAUCGACGGGGUGGAGGCAUCUGGCAAGGCCCCUCGUCAAGGCACGGGCUUUGUCAGAAUGACUGACCUUCCCGACGACGACGAAGAUGACGAGUCGGAGGCAGCGGCAAAGAAUGUGACGUUUUCACCA